AGACAGACCCGACCACCGCUUGUCAGUUGAGGAAAAAAUCCCGCUACGAAAUGCAGGUCCAUCUUCACGCGGCGGACCAAAAGCGAUUGAUCAAAUCGUAAUUUACAUCUUUAUGCUCUAUCAAGGAUUAUCUGUCAGCUCUCUUAAGAAUAUUUCUGCGUAUCCUCCUUGUUGUUUUGCAUCUUAUUUUGAGGAUGUCGGUCGCGGGGUUUAAGAAACAGCUGCACAAAGCCAGUCAGUUACUGAGCGAGAAGAUAAGCGGCGCUGAGGGGACCAAACUCGAUGAAGACUUUAUGGAAAUGGAGCGGAAAAUAGAUGUCACAAACAAGUCUGUUUUUGACCUUAUAACUAAAACCACUGAAUACCUCCAACCAAACCCAGCGUCGAGAGCGAAGCUGGGAAUGCUCAACACCGUGUCUAAAAUGAGAGGGCAGGUGAAAACGACAGGCUAUCCUCAAACCGAAGGCCUGUUAGGAGACUGCAUGCUGCGAUACGGACGAGAGCUCGGAGAGGAGUCGUCUUUCGGAUGUGCGCUGGUGGACAUCGGCGAAGCCAUGAAACAGAUGGCCGAUAUUAAAGACGCCCUCGAUAUCAAUGUGAAACAGAACUUUAUUGACCCACUGCAGACUCUUCAAGACAAAGAUCUUAGAGAGAUUGUGCAUCAUCUGAAGAAACUGGAGGGUCGACGGUUAGAUUUCGACUAUAAGAAGAAGCGUCAGGGCAAGAUUCCAGAUGAGGACAUCAGACAGGCUGUGGAGAAAUUUGAGGAGUCCAAAGAUCUUGCGGAGAGGAGCAUGUUUAACUUUUUGGAGAAUGACGUGGAGCAAGUGAGUCAGUUAUCAGCUCUGAUUGAGGCUGCACUGGAUUACCAUCAACAGUCCUUGGAGAUCCUGGUGGACCUAAACAGUAAACUACAGAGCAGGAUAGUUACAGCAAGCAGUCGGCCCAAAAAAGAGUUCAAGCCAAAGUCGAUUGUGUCCAGUCUGGAGACGGCCGAGAUCAAUCAGCACAAUGAGCUUUCUUACACCUCAUCAGUCAAGACCACAGAUAUUCAAGUCAACCACACUGUAAAUGGAAAAACUGAUUAUUUCACCAACAAAUCACCAUUGAGUCAAACAUGGCCUGAAAGCCCCAAUGGUAAUACCUGUAGCACAGAAAUAGAGACACAUUUGGAUCAGCCCUGUUGUCGGUCUCUUUACGACUUUGAGCCAGAGAACGAAGGGGAGCUGGGCUUUAAAGAAGGUGACAUCAUCAUCCUCACCAAUCAGAUCGAUGAGAACUGGUAUGAAGGGAUGAUUAACGGCGAAUCAGGCUUUUUUCCCAUAAACUACGUAGAGGUCUUAGUGCCUCUCCCUCAAUGAGUCGAGAAGAACCGACCACCACACGCCAAACCAGACUGUAUUGAGUAUCCUCUGUAUCACCCAACAUCCCCUGCUGCAUUCUCACCAAUGAAAGCCUUGCGUGUCACCACAGACAAUUUUAAAACCAUUUACUUUUAGUAUUUAUUUUUUACAUUUUGUUCUACAAGCCUCAUGGUGCAAAAUCUUGAUGUUUACACUGCAAAAAUUUCUAUGUUAGUUUGUAUUUUGCCUCAUUUUCCAGUUAAAAAAUGUCUAAGGUUAAAGUUAGAUAUGUUCACUGAAUAUAUCUUGAGCUAAAGUUUUUUAGAUUUAUAUUUUUUAUAUUUCAAACAAAAACACCAAAUGGGAAAAUUCUUGAAAACCAAAAUCGAAUUAUUUAAAUAUAACUAAAUAAUAUAUAACGAUAAAUAAUAAGUAAAAUAUUACAUAGUACAUCUUGUGACCCUGGACCAUAAAACCAGUCAUAAGCAGCACAGGUAUAUUUGUAGCAAUGGCCAACAAUACAUUGUAUGGUAAAAAAAAGAUUUUUAUGCCAAAAAUCAUUAGGAUAUUAAAGGGGUAGUUCAUUGACAAAUGAAAAUUACCCCAUGAUUUACUCACCCUCAAGCCAGCCGAGAUGUAUAUGACUAUUAUCUUUUAGACAGACAAAAUCAAAGUUAUAUUAGAAAAUGUCCUGGCUGUUAUUAGCUUUAUAAUGAUACGAAAUGGUGCUACUGAUUUUUAAACACAAAAAAGUAAAUUUCUUAUUCACAGAAGUAAUCCACACGUUAAUAAAGGUCAAUGCAAUUUUGUAAUAAAAAUGUCCAUAUUCAAAACUUUAUAAUGAAGAUAUUUCCUAAAAUUCAUUUCUUAAUAUUUAGAUUUUUUGCACCCUCAGAUUUUCAAAAAGAUGUAUCUAUAAAUGAAGAGUUUUUUAUUUUAUUUUUCAGAAAUCAAUUUUUUUGGGCGUGCAUUCCAAUUAAUAUCAAUUCAACUGCAGUUGGUUUGUUUUGAUUUAAACCUUCAAAAGUUAAAAAAUACAGCUAAGUAGGACCAUAAAACAAAAUAAUAACAUGAUAACAUAAUAAUAAACAAGUUUUGACAAAAAUGUUAAAAACGGAGUUAUCUCGUUUUGCAACGAAACUCUUCAAAUCUAAAUCUCAGUUUUAAAAAAAUUACCCGUAUGACUGGUUUUGUGGUCCAGCACUGUAAAAAAAAUAUAAAAUCUACAUAUAUUUAACAAAUUAAGUUAAAGCAACACUAUGUAGUUUUUUUUACCUUUAAAUAAUGUCUCUAAAAUUAUUUCAGUGAUAGAACAACUUUUAAAUGGACAAAUUUUACUGUUGCUGCAACCCGAGCAGCCUCCUAGCUGCUACAAGCACACUCUGAAAGUGGCGGUGGAGGGUAGGAAACACAGCCCCGCCCCUCCCCCUGCCUGCAGAAGAGUGUCUGAUUCCAGGCACUGUUGCGCUUUUCAACCACAUGGGGGAGCUGUAAGUCAUUUUUACAUGGAAACUACAUAGUGUUGCUUUAAAGAAUUUCAACUUGUUUUUAUAAGUUAUGUCAACUUAUCAAAUGUCAAAACUUCAAAUAGUAGGUAGAAUUGACUUGCUAAACCAAUUUUUUUACUUUAUGCUGUAUUUUUUACAGUGAGGGUCACAUAUAUUAUUUUUAGGCUGUUAUAAUAUUAUAACUGGAAAAUGAUGAAGCAGAUUUUUUGCAGUGUAAUGUCAAUGUACAUUUUACAACGUUUUAGCUUCAACCCAACAUUCACUUUCUUCUUUUGAAAAUGUGAUGCAUCCAAUGGGGUGUAUAAUGUUCGUCCCUCCGUACGUCAUUUCGGUGUAAUAUGGGGUUUACAUGCCUGCUGUGGUCUUACGUGUUUUUUGAAACACACUUUUUCUAUAAACUGUGACUAUCUUGACUGCUAGUCGUAUGAAUGUCCUCCCUCUCUCUGUCUUUGUUUACAUAUGACUUAUUGUGAUCUUGGGUAUCAUGGUAAGUAUCGCAAGUGUUCGCCCUCUCACGCCUUCAAGUGCUUUUUUUAUUGGUGGCUGUAUUGCACUAACGCUUUCGAAUACACACCCAUGGAUGUGCACAUUUUAUUUUUGCUUCAUGUUUUCAUUUUCGAACAUUGCACUUUCUACUGUAUCUUUUUCUGUCGUGUUAAGAAAUACGAAUACAAAAAUCUGUCUGAUAUUAUGGAAUGGACUUUAUGCUAAGUAUAUAUAUAUAUAGAGAGAGAGAGAUGAUUCAUAACUUCGUACUGUAUGUAAGGAAACCUUUGUGCUUGCCUUGUCGUACAAAGAAUGAUAUUUAAAAUUUUGCAGAUGUUAAGUCUGUCCUCGGUCGAACCAUUGUGCUUAUCGAUGGCAUAAGACAGCUUUCGAAGCUUUAUAUCUGGACCAAUUAUGUUUAAACUGACAAAUCGUUUUCGUCUGCCAGAACAUUUUUCGACAAUAUCAAACAUUAUUUUUGUUACUAUGAGCAGUAUGUUUCUCAUGCAUGAGAGGGAACUUUUGUGUUUGUAUUGGCCGGAUAACUGCGUUGGCCAUUAAAAAUCUUAAAAAAUGUUAUGUCAUUCCCUUUUUGCCUUCUCUCUGUUUUAUUUUUCUGGUAUUAUUCUGGCCAAACGAAGCGGUCAGAGAGCAAAAAGGGAAGAAGAGCCAUUUUGACACCAAUUGUAUGUAAAGCCACAGUGCGCGUUUUCUGUAGCACUGAAAUUCAAAAAAGCCUACUUUUCUAAUGUAGUCACGUAAUAAUGCCGUAUAGUAUAAGUAUUGCAAACGUUAGUACACUGUAAAAAGUUGAAUAAACUUCAAUUGGUCAAAAUUCACUUUAGGUGAAAAUUUUAAGUUGGAAAAAAUGACCAAACUGUUACCAAUUAAAGAUUUUUUGAAGUUGAUCCAACUUCUCACUUUUUAGUCACAUGACUUUCUCACAAUGCACAAGAAAAUUGUGUGUUUGACUUCAUACGAUGCUGCGCAGACCGAUCACACGCUGACUUGAAGCAGUGCAUGCCGGUUAGAAAUUUUGUCCGACUUGAGCUGGUGCCGACGUCAUGCAUUAAAAAAUUAUUAAUUCAAUUUACAAAAUUGUUUUACGGUAAGUAGUUGCAAUAAAUUUAUUUAAGCUACAUUUAAACAAAAAUUUUUUUUAUUUUUGUCAAUUGUUUAAAUGUAUCUUAAAUAAAUUGUUUGCCAGCACUUACCUUAAAAAAUUGAAUUUUCAGUGUGUGACUGUGACAACUCGUACCUCGAAUGCAAGCGGCAAACUUCGCCGAUCGGUCUGCAAAGCGGCGCAUGAACUCGAACACACUUAAUAUCAGGUGUGUUGCAUUAAGGUAUACAGCUUUCAGCUAACAUGUGUCAUUCUAUACAUACAGGAAAAUUUGCAUACUGUGUACAGUAUACAUACACUCUAGAAAUUAUUAGUUGACUUUACUUAAAAAAUUGAGGAAAUCGUUUGUGUUAAAAUACGUUUUUGUUAUGUAUCCUCAAGUAUGUAAGGAUGUUUUAAUGUAUGUUGUUGCAUAUGUGUACAAGAGGAUACGUAACAGUAUGGAAAAUACUUAGCUAAUUUUUCUAACGCAACAACAUUUUUUAAGUAAAGUCAACAAAUCAUUUUUAGAGUGUAGUAUAUAUUGCAAAAAGUAGUGUGAUAGGGACAUUUUCUAAAAAUAAUUGUUUUCGAAUAGUUUUCCUAAAUGCUCCUUCUACCUGCCAUUAUAGUCCUACCUCAAACUCACUUUAUUUAUUUUUUUGAGCAGAAUUUGAGAUGUCCGGUCUCUCAAACUUACAGUAAUGUGUUGAAAGUAUCUACACUGUUCAAAACAUCCUUAGGUUUAAUCAACUUGAAUUUGCAAUUAAUUUUCUAGUAAAUAGUUGCUAUAAAUUUAAAAAUUAAGUUGAAAUAACACAAGCUAAUUCAAAUUUAUAUUUAUAAUUUAAAGCAACUCCUCACUUAUUUUAUAAGUUUUUGCACUAAUUUU